GGGUUCUUCACGGCAGUGCCCUAGCUAUGGCGGAGGAGGCUUCUCUGGCGCCCCGGAGAGUCGCGGCGCCGCCCAAGCGAUUCGUGCGGCAACAGGUACCUGAUAGCAUUCUCAAUGAUCCGCGCUUGAGAGCGGCGAUCGCGAGGCUUCCGUCCAACUACAAUCUGGAGAUCCCGAAGACAGUGUGGCGGAUCAAGCAGGCAGGGGCGCGUCGCGUCGCGCUCCAGCUCCCAGAGGGCUUGCAGAUGUUUGCGCUCCCGCUGUGCGAUAUUCUGGAAGAAUUCGCGGCAGUGGAGGAGUGCUUCGUCCUCGGGGAUGUGACUUACGGGGCGUGUUGUAUCGACGAUCUCACUGCCGCUGCUCUUGGUGCCGAUUUCCUCGUCCACUAUGGCCAUAGCUGCUUGGUUCCGAUCGACGUGACACAGGUUCCCAGCCUCUAUGUGUUCGUGGACAUCCAGAUCGACGUCGAGCAUAUGAUCGAGGCUCUUAAGUUCAACUUCGAGGCUGGAAGCCGGCUUGCUCUCUGUGGAACGAUCCAGUUCUCCUCGGCGAUCCACUCCGCGAGGAUGGGGGUGGUGGAUUUUUUCUCGGAGGUGGUAGUGCCGCAAGCAAAGCCUCUCUCCGCUGGAGAAGUUUUGGGAUGUACAGCGCCGGCUAUUUCAAAAGGCUCGGUCGAUGCGGCGGUGUUUGUAGCGGAUGGAAGGUUCCAUCUCGAAGCUUUCAUGAUCGCAAACCCGGGGCUGAAAGUUUACAGGUAUGAUCCAUACACGAAGGCUUUGAGCAGUGAGGAGUAUGAUCAAGCAGGGAUGAGAAAGGCGCGUAGAGCAGCUAUAGAACAGGCGCAGAGAGGGAAGAGCUGGGGCGUGAUCUUGGGAACUCUAGGCAGGCAAGGAAAUCCACAGAUACUCCGCCACCUCGAGAACAGGCUAGCCGAGAGAGGUGUCGUCUACAAGGUGUUUCUCAUGAGCGAGAUGUCCCCGGCCAAGAUUGGACUUUUGGAAGAAACCAUCGAUGCAUGGAUCCAGAUUGCGUGUCCGAGGCUUUCGAUCGAUUGGGGGGAGGCAUACGGUCGUCCGCUGCUCACUCCAUACGAGGCGGAAGUUGCUCUGGGUUUCACAAGGCCGUGGUGGAAGAGGUGUUCUCCGGGGAAUGAAGGCCAUUUGGAUUGUUCGUCAUCGUGCUGCUCCUGUGGUGACAAAGACGUCCUGGGUGAUUAUCCUAUGGAUUACUACGCGAGAGAUGGCGGGCCUUGGAACUCGGUCUACAACAGGAAGCCAACCAAGGCGAGAUCGUGAGCGGCGACUUUUUCUACGAAACGAUGGUACAACAAACUUAGAAUCAACGCGAUCGUCACGGAAUCGUCGUCAGAGAAUCGCGAGUUCGUCACUCUCUGCUCGACGAUCUCUCGGCAAAGUUCACUGGUUACUCGUGCUCUGGUAAAUCUUUGUAUUUUCCUGCAGGGAGUUACUGGGACGGAGUUUCGGUUUUAACUGCAUUGUUGAUUUACUACUUAUACUGCCGCUAAAAUUUUUCCGAAAAAUUCAGGGACACUCCAAAUCGAUCAAAGCAUCAAAGUCAAACUUCGGGUACACACGAUCCAAAUCUUGGAAGAACAGAAGCUCCGAUUCCAUUUCCAUCGAACAAGCAAGGAGACUGGUGCUAAAAGAAUCGACAUAAUCGCACUUAAUUAGUGGUA